CUAGUAAAGACAUCCUCUAUUAGGAGCCUAUCUCUUUCAAGAAGCUAACAACAAAGAUGGUACCAACAGCUUCAACUAGGAAGGGAGAACGGGGAUAAUCGAGAAGUGCCAGCAACGAAGAUGAAGUAUAACGAGAUACCUAUGGUUCCUGUUCCUCCUCAUCAUCGAGAACAACAGAGUCGCGAUCCUCGAUCUAUAACCCGAGCCGGAUCCUCUGCUCCCUCCUCCUUCAAUGGCACUACUGCUACUGCUGCGGCAGCCGCCAAGCAUCUGCUAUCCAUACUUGAUAAAAUAUCGAGUCUUCACAGUAAAUAAGGAGACGAGCAGGCCUGAAGUAAUUCACACUUGACCUAAUUCAUAAACACUCUAUCCUCAAACACUCAAUUCUUCAAAGCCUUACUAUCCAAACUGAAGGAAAUCAUCAAUUCGACAGCUAGCACCACAACUCAUUCAACCACCUAAGUCUCUAUCACAUUUACACUAGAUCUGAAGAUCUAAAAUUAUGACAAGAUAAGAUCCACAAUUAUCAUAGGAUAUGAUUUUCAUUUCUUUCUCUUCCCGGACAGCUUACUUUAGAGCUUGCUCCAAGUGUAUAAAUUCAGCUAGGCUGCAAUGUACAGAAUUAUCAAAGUGUGAAAUAAGAAGUUCAACACUUUUAUCAUGGUAUCAGAGCAUAGUUCCUCACGACUCUGUUAAAAAAAAAGAGAGAGAGAGAAAUUUAUCAAAGUGGUUCAUCACACCAUGAGUGAAACAGGCAGCAUAGAAGGAUCUCCACUUGUUACGGCCACGCUAACAACCGGUGCGGUAAUAGAUCCAUUGUCUCCAUACUACCUCCACCAGUCGGAUAGCCCUGGGCAGGUAUAUGUUGCUGAAGCCCUUCAUGAUUCCAACUAUGGAGAAUGGGUUGCGGACAUGCAAGAGCUCUUGUUCGCCAAAAACAAAAUUGGUUUUGUUGAUGGAACAAUUCCAAAACCAGAAGAUCCGGCCUUCGAAAAGCAGCAAUGGUUACGUUGCGAUGCCAUGGUCAAAGGAUGGCUUAAAACAACCAUGACAAAGGAGGUCGGGAACAGUGUGCGCUACGCCACAACUGCACGGGAGAUUUGGCAGGACCUAAAGGAGAGAUUUGGGAAAGGCAGCGCCCCACGAGCGUACGAGAUUCGACGGCAGAUCAGCUGGCUUCGACAAGAAUCGUUGGGUGUGUCAGCUUACUACACCAAAUUGCGCACUCUUUGGGACGAGCUCCUGUCGAUUAGCCCAUUACCUAGCUGCUCGUGUGGCAAUUGCAGUUGCUCAAUAUCGAAGCAGCUCCGAGAAUCAAAAGAGAAGGAACAACUCUAUGAUUUUCUUAUGGGCUUGAAUGAUGAGUUUGCGGCCAUCCGAACUCAUAUUCUAAGCCUUCAGCCGAUACCCCCGCUCGUUACAGCUUUCCAUCUCGCUCUGGAGGAUGAGCACCAGCGAGGUAUCACUGCGUCUCGAAAAUCGACACCGGAGGCAGCAGCUUUCCAAGCGGCGGCGACGGUUCAAUCACAAAUCCCGAAUCGCGAAUCCAAGGGCGAGCAACGGCGUAAUGGAGAGAAACCAAAAGGAGACCUGCUAUGAGAUCAUAGGUUGGCCGGAUGGACGAAGAGGGUGGAAUUACAAAGCAACCGGCAGCCGCGAAACUGAGGCCGCAAAUUUCUUCCCCGAGCGCAGAGGGGAGGAAGGAACCGGUGGCUUCGUUGGGGGAAGGAGGAAUCCCAGGGCUGCCCAAGCACUUGCUGAAAUGAAUCUGGGCUGAAUUUGUCACGAGCCCAAUUUGAUAAAUUGCUCAAGUUUUUGGGCCAAGAUAGCUUGAAGGAUAGUGCAACCGAACCUCAAGCUAAUAUGAGUGGUAAGUCCAAUACUAUAUGGGCUUUGGAUUCUGCUUGCACAGAUCACAUAACCAACAAUUCAGCCAUUUUGGAGUCCAAACGGAGGAUUAAUGUGCCAACGUUCGUGAGAAUUCCAAAUGGUCAACAAAUUCCCAUAAAUGGGCUUGGAGCUGCUCACCUAAACGGUGACAUUAAAUUGCAUAAUGUUUUGUGCGUCCCAAACUUCAAAUGCAAUUUGAUCUCCAUAAGUAGCUUGACGAAAGAUCAAAAUUGCGCCGUAACAUUUUUUUCUGAUUUUUGUGUGAUACAGGAGUUACCAACGAAGAGGCUGAUUGGAGUGGGUAAACUCUGUGAUGGUCUCUAUAUAUGGGAAGACGUGUCAAACCAAAAGAUGGCAAUGGCGGCUCAACGGGAAGAAUCACCAGAAAUAUGGCAUCGACGGUUGGGACAUGCCUCGUCAGGAAAGCUAAAUAAUCUGCCGGUAUCUGAAAAUCGAAUAUGUUUUAAUAAGCUUGGUCCUUGUGAUGCUUUUAUUCGGGCCAAGCAAACUCGUUCUCCGUUUUCCCUUAGUGAAAGUAAAACUACUGGGUGUUUCGAUUUGAUCCACUGUGACAUUUGGGGUGGAUACAAAACAGCAUCUCUCUCGGGAGCUCAUUAUUUUCUUACUAUUGUGGAUGAUUACAGCAGAGGUGUAUGGGUUUAUUUGAUGAAGCACAAGUCAGAAGUUGGGAAUUUACUACCUAAUUUUUGCAACAUGGUCAAAACUCAAUUUGGAAGAGCAGUAAAACGAGUUCGAGCCGACAAUGGUCAAGAAUUUCGGUCUCACCAAAUGCAGAAUUACUAUGAAGCCUCGGGAAUUAUUUUGGAGACGUCAUGCACCGACACGCCCCAACAGAACGGGGUGGUUGAACGAAAGCACAGACACAUCCUUGAAAUGGCGCGAGCACUCCGAUUCCAAUCCGGUCUCCCAGUACGAUUUUGGGGGGAGUGUGUUCUUACCGCCACUUAUCUGAUAAAUCGUCUUCCGACAAAGGCCACAGAAAACAAGACGCCAUAUGAGGUACUACUUCAAAAGCAACCAACUUACAAUCAUUUGAGGGUUUUCGGGUGUUUGGUUUACUUCCAUGAUAAUAAGAAGUCACUUGAUAAAUUUGGUGAACGAGGACGGGCAUGAAUUUUUGUGGGUUAUCCCCAAGGUCAAAAGGGAUAUCGAAUUUAUGACACAGUGGAAAGAAAAAUUAUCACCUCAAGAGAUGUUAAGUUCGUGGAGUCUUCAUUUCCAUUUCAUCAAGGUGAGCAAGUUGGCGUUUCAAGUUCCCACAGCCCAACUGCUCAAACUUUUGUUGAUGAUAAUGUGGUGGAGUCCAUUCAUUCUCAAGGAUUAUCACGUGAACCCAUUAAUUCUCAUGAGCCCACAAUUGAAUUAUUGGGACAUGAUAAUGGAGAAGCACCACUUCUGAAUGAUGGGAUUGAUCCCAUUCCAGCAACUAAUGCUACUUCACCUCACCAACCUCGUCGCAGUACUCGUAUUCGGCAGCAAUCAAUCACACUUCAAGGU